UAUAUUAUAAUUUAACUUGUAGCAUGUUUUCAUGUUUAUUGGUUCCAACAGAACUUUUUUAAUGACAUGAAUCCACUCUCGCUACUAAUCCUGCAUGAUAGGAGCAUAAACUUUGAUGGAAAUGAAGUACCUCUAAAAUUUAGAAGGCUAGAUUUUUUUUUUUGAAGUUGUGCUUAAAAUGAGUAAGUAAACUUCUACAAUUAAAGGUACCUUCCCAGAGACACCCUAUGGUUGUUAAAAUAUUGGUGCAUAGAUAAUUCAUUGCUGAACUUGGUAUUAAUUGACAUGAUCUUAGCUAGUUAGAAAUUAAAAGCUGAACUGUACUCUGUUAGUGCUGUAAAACAAAUACAAGUUUAAGGAGAAAAGCAGUCAACUUUUGUAGAGAGUAGCAAUUCCGGGUAGGGAAUACAACUAAAAUUAAUUGUCUGUCGUGACAGAACAACUGAACAUUUAAGCCAGAGUUGUAGACUUGAAACCUUCUAGUUCUUUAUAUCUGUUUGUGUGACUUUUUUAACCUUAUUUGUAUAUUGCAUACAAAAAAAGUUAAAAGAAAGUUACUUAAAUUGCAGUGUCAGGAGUUUUAAAUUUGCAAAAGUUCAGUCAACCUUAAUACUAUCAUGCAUUAUGAUAUGCAGUUAAAGACUUUCUUCAUCUCAGCAUCUCAGUUCUUGAGGUGUGGGCUGGUAUCCUCUGAAGUUCAUGGAGGCAAAUAAGAGUUUUGGAGUCGCAUCGUCUGGCCACAGCUCCUGCUUGCUUCCAGUUUCUCUGCCUCUGGCAGCAUGCAGAAGGUGAUUUUUACAGCUUUCAUCUUCACAUCUGCUGGCUCCCCUGCACUUCCAGGUAUGGCAGAGCAGCCUAAAAAGCACUAAGUGAAAUCCAAACAGUGCUCCAUUUGUGAGACUUGGCAGAUGGUGAGUUGUGCCCAGCCUACACCCUGCAUUCUGUCCCUGACUCUGUUCGGUCCCUUGCUUAUUAGUCAGACUGACACAUGGGAUCCUGUAAAUGUAGAAGCAGCCACAACUGCGACACAGGAAAAACGGACCAGCCUAGAGCCUCUCCCUGCUCUGGUCAAGGGUGAGGAGGACCCUGGUCUGCCAACUCAAGAGGAAAGUUCCAAGGGGCCACUGGAGAACACGGCACACUUGAGGAGUCACAAUCCCCCUUUCCUCCCUCCCUCGCCCCGUCCUAAAAUGGUUCCUGAGUGGUCUUGGAAAAUCAGGCUUCAUCAGCUCUCCUCUCCUUCCCAAUUUGGCCAGGAGGGUUCUGGAAGUGUUUCCGUCCCUCCCUGGGAAUUGGGCAAAUGGUGGUCUGCAGAGGAUGUUCUUUGCAUUAACCUCCUUGAACUCAGAAUGGUCAGGAAUGCUUGUGCUCACUUUCUUCCACUGUUCAGAGGUAUACAAACAAAAGUCAUGACAGACAACACCAUGUGCAUAUACUACAUAAACUGUUGGGAGCGCCAGAUCAUCCGCCUUCUGUGUAGAAGCGCUAAAGCUUGGGAAUGGGUGCAUUUCUCAAAUGUUCUAAUAUCAGUGACCUAUCUACCAGGAGUGCAGAACACAACAAUGGACCAUCUGAGUCGCAAGUUCCCACAUGACCACAGGUGGGAAAUGAACCCAGCAGUACCUGACGACAUAUUCUGUCAGUGGUGGAUACAGAUGAUAGGCUUGUUCGCCACUUACCUGAACAAGAAACGCCUAUCCUACUGUUCCAGGGCAGGCCUUCGACAGCACUCAUUUGGGGAUGCUCUCCUCCUUCCAUGGAACUUCUACAUGCCUUUCCCCCAUUCCCUCUGCUGUUAAGGUCCUGUUAAAAAUAAAAACAAAUGUCAUACUAAUUGCUCCCACCUGGCACAGCUGGCGCUGUCCACGGAUCCCUUUUCAACCCACUCCUUACCUCCUCUCGUGGAACGAAGGACACACUCUUCAUCCCACCCUGCGGAUACUCUGGCUCAAGGCCUGGUUCCAACACAGAGCUCCUGCUCUGAGGAGGUACAAGAAGUGUUACUACACAGUAGGAAAUCAGCUACCUGUCAAAUUUACCUACAAAAGUGGACCAGGUUUCAAGUUUGGUGCAAUUCCCAGUAAAAUUACCCUGGCAUCUGCUACUCUCCCCAUGGUUUUAGACUACAAACUGACUCACAAAAUCAGGAUUAUCUCUCCAUUCACUCAGUGUACAUCUGGCAGCCACCUACAAAUAGAGAUACUAUGUUUUCUCACACUCAACUACAAAGAGGUUGCUCAAGAGCAUAGCGAACCUCUUUUCCCCAACCCAGAUGUACUACUCCAACAUGGGACCUGAACUUAAUUUUAAAGAGCCUGACUAGACCCUCCUUUGAACCUAUGAUCACUUGUCCACUCAUACACCUGUCAAUGAAAACAGCAUUUCUGGUCGCCAUCACCUUGGUGAGGAGAAUAGGGGAGAUAGCAGCACUUAUUGUGCACCCCCAU